AUGGAGUCCGCCUCCUCGCCGCUGCACGUUGUCAUCUUCCCGUGGCUCGCCUUCGGCCACCUGCGCCCCUGCCUCCACCUCGCCGAGCGCCUCGCAGCGCGCGGCCACCGCGUGUCCUUCGUAUCCACCCCGCGCAACCUCGCCCGCCUCCCGCCGGUUCGCCCCGCGCUGGCGGGGCUCGUCGACCUCGUCGCGCUGCCGCUGCCGCGCGUCGACGGCCUCCCCGAUGGCGCCGAGGCCACCAGCGACGUGCCGUCCGAGAAGUUCGAGCUCCACAGGAAGGCGUUCGACGGCCUCGCCGCGCCGUUCUCCGCGUUUCUCGACGCCGCGUGCGCCGGCGGCAAGAGGCCGGACUGGGUUUUCCCCGACUGCAUGCAUCACUGGGUCGCCGCCGCCGCUCAGGAGCGCGGGGUGCCGUGCGCCAUGCUUAUCCCCUGCUCCGCAAACGUCCUGGCCUUGCCUGACCCGCCACCGGAGUCUAGCAUGGACCAUUCGGAGGCGAUAGACCAGUCCAUGGUUGAGGCACAGUGGAACACGGAGGAUUACAAGACGGUAGGAGCCUCGGGGGUGUCCCUCAAUGCCCGCCUCAUCCUGACGCUGAAGAAUUCCGAACUCGUCGCCUUGCGGAGCUGCCUUGAGCUGGAGCCCGACGCGUUCACGAUCCUGACGAGGAUCUACUCCAAGCCGGUCGUCCCGUUCGGGUUGCUCCCGACACGACCCGACGACGGCGUCAGAAAGGACGGCGAGGACGACGAGACGAUCAUGCGGUGGCUCGACGAGCAGCCGACCAAGUCGGUCGUCUACGUCGCGCUAGGAAGCGAGGCGCCGAUGAGCGCUGAUCUGCUGCGCGAGCUGGCUCACGGGCUGGACCUCGCCGGGACACGCUUCGUCUGGGCCCUGAGGAAACCCGCCGGCGUCGACCACGGUGACAGCAUCCUACCAGAGGGGUUCGUGGAGCGCACCGGCGAGCGCGGGCUGGUCAUCACCCGGUGGGCUCCCCAGGUCAGCAUACUGGCGCACGCUGCCGUGUGCGCGUUCUUGACGCACUGCGGGUGGGGCUCCGCCGUCGAAGGGCUCCAGUUCGGGCACCCGCUGAUCAUGCUGCCGAUCGCCAGCGACCAAGGCCCGAACGCGCAAUUCCUGGAGGGGAGAAAGGUUGGAGUGGCGGUGCCGAGGAACCGCAAGGACGGGUCAUUCGAUCGAAGCGGCGUCGCCGGAGCUGUCCGCGCCGUCGUCGUGGAGGAGGAGGGGAAGACGUUCGCUGCCAACGCCCGUAAGCUGCAGGAGAUCGUGGCGGACAGGGAGCAUGACGAGAGAUGCAUCGAUGGAUUCAUCCAUCAAUUGACGUCUUGGAAUGAGCCGAAGCAUAAUUCGAGCGACCAAAACUGAUAGCAUAUCGAGUCUCAAAACCAAAGAAAUAACCACCGCAUCAUUACAUGUUUUUUAUUUGAAACCGAACACUACUGUGCGCAUGUUGCGAGUAAAUGGAUAUCUGUUUGUUCUGCUCUGAUCGAAUAUAUUAUGAAGAAAUAAAGGUGCUUUUCUUU